AUGUUUCAGAACUUGAAGGUCCUUUCGCUGGGUGCCGAUGUUUUGCCCGAGUACAAGCUGCAGCCUAUGAGAAUCCACCACUGCACAAUCCUGCACUACUCGCCGUUCAAAGCCGUCUGGGAUUGGAUAAUUCUACUUCUUGUCAUAUACACAGCCAUUUUUACGCCGUACGUCGCCGCCUUCCUUCUCAGAGAAGAAAGUCUUUCGAAGAGGCAAUACAAAUACAGCGACCCAUUGGAGGUCGUAGAUCUGAUCGUAGAUAUCAUGUUCAUCAUUGACAUCAUCAUCAACUUCCGAACGACGUACGUCAACAAUAACGACGAGGUCGUCAGCCAUCCCGGAAAGAUCGCCAUUCACUAUUUUAAAGGAUGGUUCAUAAUCGACGUCGUUGCUGCUAUUCCGUUCGACCUGUUGCUGUUCAACGCGAACACGGAUGAGGUACGUCAAUUGUUUAGUCUGGUUAGCGAUCGACCGAUGAGUAGAGCAAAUAUUUAUUCUUGUUCUGAAAAUCAACAGAUGAUAUGCUAGAG